AUGGAUGACGACAGUGAUUUUGACGAUGAACAGAUGGAGUCCCCGCUUUCUUCUCAGGGUGGACCGAAUUCGGUAGAUGGCGUAGUUGAUGACCAUAAACGUCAUGCCCGGGCUCAGCAUAAUGCCCUCGAACGCAGACGUCGAGAUAAUAUCAAGGAUAUGUACACAAGUCUUAAGGACGCAGUACCUGAUAUGCAAAACGAAAGGGCAUCUCGUGCAGUGAUUCUCCGACGAGCGAUUGAAGCAAUCGAAGAAAAACAACAGCAACGGGCUGAACUCCAGGCUAACUGCGAUCGUUUAAGAAGUGAAACUGCUGAACUCGAAAGAGAGAUAAGAAUGAUCAAGGAAAACUUAGCGAAACCGCCUGAAACACAUUUGUUCGAUCACAAUCGCUCAAGCCUCAUCUGUUCGCCACAGCCGAUAUCAACCUCAGCUGUGUUGAGAGCUGAUCAAAAAAGUUGA